AUGGCAGAGGCGGGGCAAGGGGUGGAGCAUAGCAAUAGGUGGCGUCGUAAAAAACAGCAUUCUGGAGGCGAUUCGUGGUCUCUUUGGCACCGAACGAGUGGGAUGCUUACUCGGAUAUUAAACCUGUUAUGUAUUCUUCAACUAAUCCUUGCUACACAACAACUACAGCAAGAACUGAGUCCUUAUGACAUCGAAUUCUGGGAUAACAUCGCAAAAGAAAAUAUUGGGCGAAGGUUGCAAAUGAAUCCACAUCUAUUGAAAGCAAAGAAACCAAAAAAUGUGAUCCUAUUCAUUGGUGACGGUAUGGGCAUCUCAACAGUAGCCAGUGCUAGAAUCAAUAAAAACCAGAUGGCAGGAAAUUCUUACCUGAACGAACCGUUAUUUUUUGAAAAAUUCCGCUCAGGAGGAUUGGUUAAGACGAGCUCGUUCAGUCACCAUGUCACAGAUUCGGCAGCUGGAGCAACGGCGCUGGUCACAGGUAGAAAGGUGGACUCGAGCACUUUGGGUUUAAUGCCCAAAUCUGGAACCAACUGCACCGUUGAAAGAAAUCUCCACAUUACAGACGGGAUUGUGGAAGGCGCUUUACAAAAAGGGAUAGCUGUUGGAUUUGUAACUACAACCCGAAUCACACACGCUACACCAGGAGCGCUUUAUGCGAAGGGGAUACGAAGAGAGAUCGAAUAUGAUGGCGCAGCGAACAAAUCUGGAAUUUUAGGUUGCACUGACAUCGCAAAACAACUCCUUUCUUACCCGGCGUCUGAGUUCAAGGUGAUGAUGGGUGGAGGAGCGAACUUCCUAUUGGACAAAUCUCGAGGAGGAAUGCGUGAAGAUGGAAUGAAUGUUGACCUUGAAUGGAGUAAACUAGGUGGAAGUAGACGAGUGAUAAGUACUAAGGAUGAUCUACACGCACUAAGAGCAAGUGACGAGAAGUUGCUAGGUAUUUUCACCGGUUCGCACUUUCCUAUGUAUCUGAAGGAACAAUUAGAAGGAAAGAAGACAGUUCCACGACUUGUGGAAAUGACGAAAAAAGCAAUCGAACAGCUUCAACACGAUGAGGAAGGAUUUUUCCUAAUGGUUGAAGGUGGUAACAUCGACAUUGCGGAGCACGCAAAUCAGAUGCACCUUGCGUUUGCUGAAUUGUACGAGUUCGAAGAAGCUAUUCGAAAGGCAAGAGAGAUGACUGAUCCCUUAGAGACGCUAAUUAUCGUCACCGCAGAUCAUGGUCAUGCUGUCACCUUACCCGGCUAUUUGCCCGUUGAGAAGAGCAUCUUCAGCAGCGAUGUAUCUACGGGUCUUAAUGGAAAUCAUGGACAGAAAUUUGAAGUACCUGGCAUAUUCUUUGCGACAGGACCAGGAUUUCGUGGUGGUUUCUCAUCUGAUGGCCAUGUUGAUGAAGAAAAGAGCGCUCAUCCACUAUACACCCACCCAACUGCUGUUCCAAAUAUUUAUGGAGCCCAUGGAGGCGAGGAUGUUGGUAUAUGGGCCGAUGGUCCACUGGCUGAUCUGUUUUCGUCAUCAUUGGAGAAUACUGAGGUGGCCUACCUCAUCAAGUUCCUGCUGUGCACGGGCAACACGAACCAUACUUUUUGCGAAAUCUCGUCGCAGGGCGAAAACUUAGAGAGGAAAGGCUUCAUGACAGGUUUUGUGGAAAGCAUAGGCACAGAAGGUUUGGUCAUCUCGGCGAUUUUUCUACUAGCUGUUACCGUUCUGUCGCUGCUGACAACAGUUUUUGUCACCUUAUUACAUUUCCAACAGAACCGACGCUGCCUACGACACUUAAAUUGCAAUAGUGAGACCACCCUUGUGAAAUCUCCUUUGUAG